AUGAAUAUACAGUUUCAGGUGGUAGUUUUAAGUUCUAAUCUGGGAUGCUCUUACUGUCGAGAGAGAGUUUACCAAGUCGUGUCGAAGAUUACAGUCCUGAAAGAGUACACAGUGGAUGUUCGAAAAAAACAAGUGAUUCUCAAGGGAGAUGUCAGCUUAUCACGUAGUGAUAACGCUUCCAAGAAGAAAACGAAGAAUGGGUGGGGGGCGGUGGUACCAAAUGGGGCAGUCGAUGUAACAAAAGAAAGUCAGUUUAAAUUGGGAACUGACUUCUCACCAGUCGGCAAUGGUGGUGGUACAAAUGGCCAUUUGAAUGGAGGAAACUUAGGGAAACCGGACGGUAGAGGUGGUGGCACAAAUGGCCAUUUGUGUCUAGGAAACUUAGGGAAACCGGACGGUAGAGGCGGUGGCACAAAUGGCCAUUUGUGUCGAGGAAACUUAGGGAAACCGGAUGGUAGUGGCGGUGGCACAAAUGGCCAUUUGUGUCGAGGAAACUUGGGGAAACCGGAUGGUAGGGGUGGUGGCACAAAUGGCCAUUUGUGUCGAGGAAACUUGGGGAAACCGGAUGGUAGGGGUGGUGGCACAAAUGGCCAUUUGUGUCGAGGAAACUUGGGGAAACCAGCUGGUAGUGGUGGUGGUACAAAAGGCCAUUUAGGACGUCCCCAGAAAUUCUCAGUGCUUAUGUCAUCGAUUUGUGCUGAAACAUGGGCAUUGUCGGUUUGUGCUGCAACUUUGGCAUUAAGGGCUCUUCCAUGGGAGAGAGUGACCAACAAACAUGUGAAAAGGAAAAAGAAGAGGAGGGUGCUUAAGCUUCUCUUGGCCAUGGCUGAUACACUUUGCUAA